UUGUUGGUUGUCACCCGGACGUUUCUCAAACCAAACAUAACUUCGCUGAAGCUAAACCUUUAUUCUUACAGUAGAGUUAUCGUCGUCAUUUUCCUCCUCAGACACCAGCAGGUUAAACAGAUUGAGCUGGUUAAACUUGGUGAACUCUGGUGGUAGUGUGGUGUUGUUAGUGUGUUGUUGUUAUCGGAGGUCAGCGUGUCUCCAGCUGAAACCAGCCAGCCGUCCAGAUGCUCUCCCCGGGCAGGACCGUGUCCUCCCUGCUGCUCAGGCCGGUCUCCAGGCUUCCUCUCUGGCUGAGCUCUGAAGGAAGAGCCGCCAGCUCUCAGCCCAAAGAGUUGAUAACGCCACAGGAACUGGAUAAAAAUGAGCCCCGCCCCCUCUACAUGGACUUCCAGGCCACCACACCCAUGGACCCCCGGGUGCUGGACGCCAUGCUGCCCUAUCAAGUGAACUACUACGGUAACCCUCACUCCAGGACACACGCUUACGGCUGGGAGAGCGAGACCGCCAUGGAGACAGCCAGGAAGCAGGUGGCUGAUCUGAUUGGAGCAGAUCCCAGAGAGAUCAUCUUCACCAGCGGAGCCACAGAGUCCAACAACAUGGCCAUCAAGGGCGUGGCCAGGUUCUACAAGAUGAAGAAGCGCCAUGUGAUCACCACGCAGACGGAGCAUAAAUGUGUUCUGGACUCGUGUCGAGUUCUGGAGUCAGAGGGAUUCAGCAUCACCUACCUGCCAGUCCAGUCGAACGGACUGCUGGACCUGGAGCUGUUGGAGGCCUCCAUCCGUCCUGACACCUCUCUGUUGUCGGUGAUGUCCGUCAACAACGAGAUCGGAGUCAAGCAGCCCAUCAAGGAGAUUGGUAGGAUUUGUCGUUCUAAAGGAGUCUUCCUCCACACUGACGCCGCUCAGGCGGUCGGAAAGAUUCCCAUCGACGUCGUGGACUGGAAGGUUGACCUGAUGUCCAUCAGCGGCCACAAGAUCUAUGGACCCAAAGGUGUGGGUGCUCUGUACGUGCGUCGCCGGCCCAGAGUGCGCUUGGAGCCGCUGCAGAACGGGGGCGGGCAGGAGAGGGGGCUGCGCUCUGGUACCGUCCCCACCCCACUGGCUGUCGGGCUGGGAGCCGCCUGCAGCAUAUCACAGCAGGAGUUGGAGUAUGAUCAUGAGAGAAUAUCCAUGCUGGCUAAUCGUCUGAUCCAUAAGCUCACGUCUGAGCUUCCUGAUGUCAUCAUGAACGGAGAUCCAGAACAACGCUACCCUGGCUGUGUCAACCUGUCCUUUGCCUAUGUGGAGGGAGAGAGUCUGUUGAUGGCGCUGAAGGAUAUCGCUCUGUCAUCUGGGAGUGCAUGUACGUCAGCAUCUCUGGAGCCAUCAUACGUCCUCAGAGCGAUCGGAGCAGAUGAAGACCUGGCUCACUCUUCCAUCAGGUUUGGUAUUGGCAGGUUCACCACAGAAGCAGAGGUGGACUAUACAGCAGAGAAAUGUAUCACUAAUGUCAGCAGGCUCCGAGAGAUGAGUCCUUUGUGGGAGAUGGUUCAAGAAGGCGUCGAUCUGAAGAGCAUCAAGUGGACGCAGCACUAAGCUCUUCCCACUUCCUGUUUACUUCCUGGCUGACGAAGACGACAAUGAGGAUGAUGAUGAUGAUUGAUUCCCAGGGAACUCUGGGAAUGCACUAGCUUUUCCUUCCUCUACACAAACACGCACAAACUUCCUGUCUGACUUGAAGUCUGUUUGUAACCGUAGCUCUGUGUCUCCAUAAAGCUCCUCUUGUUGCUCGGUCAGAAGAUGUUGUUCAGAGAGUUGCCCAACGCAUGGCAACCUCUGCUUGUUGUAUGUUGUUCUGUUACACCUGGGUCCUGUAUCACAAAGUCAGUUCAGCUUAGUCUGGCUACUCUUUGUGUUACACGGCUUCACUUUUAGUUAUCUCUGGGUUUACUAAUCCAGCUCUUCAUUACAUCCCGUCACAUGUAACAUCAUCAGCACCAUGAAACUUAUAUUUAUAUUACUGAGGCAGCAAAAAGUGAUUUACAGCUAGGUGAAAUGUAUCAGACACAAGAAGAAUAAAAUAUAAAGCUGUUGAAGGAUUAAUAUCCAAAUAAUUAAAGUAAGGGCAAGUAGAAGUAGUACUACUCGUCACUUUAUUGUAAACUCCAGUGAUGUUAUCGGUCAGUAAUGGACUAUAGUUGAUGGGUUUUGAUCUGAUCUUCUGAAGUGAACUUGCUCUGGGUUGACCCCACUGGUUACCAUGAGCAGAAACAAAAUAGGACCAGCGGGCAGUGCUACUUCAGUGAUGCUGGAGGCUGCAGCAGACCAAAAUUUACUGAGCUGUCUGAAGAUUCAAUGAUUCUCUAAUAAUUCUUUGAGUCAAAACUUUUCACUUGAUUCACAGAUGGUCUCUUGCUCUGUCCACAUGUGAUACACUGUCCUCUCUCUCUCUCUCUCAGGACUCACUCUUGCAGUUUUGCUUUCUCCUCUCACAUCGUUUUUUCAGUAUUCAAUAAACGGCAGCAUUAUGUCAGUUUAUCAGCCGUGUUCACAGUGUUAGCAGCCGCAGUUUGAUUAUUUCUUUAAAGUCUGGAACGCUCUACAAGACUGGAGCUGAUUGGACCACAACAGCUGAUUUUUUUUAUAGUGGAGAGUAAAAAUAUUUUUCUGAGGUUGUUGAUGGGAAUCUGAAGGGGAUUCUGAAAGUCUGAAAAAUGAACUUGUUAAGGGUGGAUCUUAACAGUCUGAGAGGAUUUUAAAGUCUUUUAUUGUGUUCCUGGAUGUUCCUGUCACAUUUAUUAGAAUCCAUCUACUGUCUUCUACUGUUACUCUCAUCAUAUACAUUAUUAUCCAAUAAAGUGCUGCUUCAUGGUUAUGCAAUA